CUUGGGCUCCGAGCAAGCUACGACUCUAGGCCGGCGAGCGCAGGCUGGUCGCCCCUCCCGCCCGGGGCGGAGGCUGACGGGGCGGGCGCUGGAAGGUAGCGUCCGGGCGCCGCGGUGACCCCGAGAGGGUGAAGCGAGAGCCAGCGGCCGCGGCGCGGAGCAGAGCGGAGCGAGGAGUGCGCGCUGGGCAUGGAGGACGGCGUGGCCGGGCCGCGGCUCGGAGAGGUGGCGGAGGCGGUCGAGGCGCGGGCACCCCGCAGGGUGACUCUGCGGCCCUUCGCGCCCUUCUCCGCGGCUGCCGAGGGGGACGGGGGCGGCGGCGACUGGAGCUUCAUCGACUGCGAGAUGGAGGAGGUGGAUCUGCAGGACCUGCCGAGCGCCACCAUCGCCUGCCACCUAGAUCCGCGCGUGUUCGUGGACGGCCUGUGCCGGGCCAAAUUUGAAUCCCUCUUCAGGACAUAUGACAAGGACACCACUUUCCAGUAUUUUAAGAGCUUCAAACGUGUCCGAAUAAACUUCAGCAACCCCUUAUCUGCAGCUGACGCCAGACUGCGGCUGCAUAAGACGGAAUUCCUGGGAAAGGAAAUGAAGUUAUAUUUUGCUCAGACUUUACACAUAGGAAGUUCACGCCUGGCUCCACCCAAUCCAGACAAACAGUUUCUCAUCUCUCCUCCUGCCUCUCCACCGGUUGGCUGGAAACAAGUAGAAGACGCCACUCCGGUCAUAAAUUACGAUCUUUUAUAUGCUAUCUCCAAGCUGGGGCCAGGGGAGAAGUACGAGCUGCAUGCAGCUACAGACACCACUCCCAGUGUGGUGGUCCACGUGUGUGAGAGUGACCAAGAGGAUGAGGAGGAGGAAGAGGAAAUGGAGAGAACGAAGAGACCCAAGCCAAAAAUCAUCCAGACACGGAGGCCAGAGUACACGCCUAUCCACCUCAGCUGAACCGGCACACAGACGGAGACAGUGCGUUCCGCAUCCCACGGGUUACGGUGCAGGUGGCCGGUCAUGGCUUUGGAGGUAACAGCCGUGACCACUGUGGCCGAUAUUCCAGUUCAUGUUGCUCAGAAGAGAGUCAAGGCCUCCUCUCCUUGUUCUGACGCUGCACCUCAGUCCAGGUCCAUGGCACCUGGGACUGUCUUGGACCAUUCACUGAGUGUGUGGCAAUCACACGAGGACACUGGGGACAUCCUGAGAAAGCUGAUAGUUCUUGUACUUGCUCUUUUGUAGGAUCUGUUUUUGGCAAGAAAAGGUUGACUGGUGGCCCAGGGAGAGAUUUCUGUUUCCAACCAACGUUCAGGGCACAGCCCCCACUCAUAGGCAGAGACACCCCAAAAGCCACCAAAUGUCCAGUGCAGAAAGGCUGUGGGACAACCCCCACCGUGUGGAAUUGUCCUCGUUCCUUCCCUCGUGGUCUAACAUUCAUGCAUGUCUAUUGCUGGGUCCCAAGACCAACCUCUGCUCACAUAGGAAGUCGCACUGUUUCCAUCUUGGGAAACUAAGAAAGUUCUAGACACUCCUCCCACUUGUCCUGGUCCCGCUGUCUCUGCACAGCAUCCAUGCACGUGGGGUGGAAGCUGGAGUCGUCUGCACGUCACCCUGCCCAGUGUCACUUGUGCAUCCCUGCAAAAGAAGUUGAUCUUGAGUCCCCGUGUAGAACUUAACUUCCCUGGUGAGAGAGCAGCGGGCUCGCUGCCAGCGUCUAUCUGUAGGUGGGAAGGUCUGGUUUGGGUGUUCGAGUUCAGCACGGUCUCCAUUGUUUCCUUCAUGUAGUGGUUUGUGCGUGAAUUUCAGCCAAAACCCUCUUUGGGAACUGUUGGUUGAGACAGUUUUUCGCCUCCAUUGAAACAUGAAGAUAAACUUGUAAAUAAAGCCAAGAGCAUAUCUUAGUACCUGUCUGUACCUGGGUGGAAGUAGAGGGCAGAGGGAGUUUCAGGCUGCCUGUGACUUUCGAGUGGUAGAAGUUACUGUCAUGUAUUUAAUGAGGUGAAUUCAGAGCAUGUGGAGUUCGUCGUAGCCAUGUGUUCCUAGAGGGACACAGUGCCUUUCCCCUUUCAUUCAGAUGACCAUGACACUCGGUGAACAUUUGAGAAUUUCUCCUUUUCUAGUCAUCGUGUGUGUAUGUGGUAAAUAGGUAUUCUGUUUUGGUCUUACAAUGCCAUUACAAAGUUUGUCACUCUGAAUAGCCUAAUGCCAAUUAACAGUGCAUGCUUUGGGGACUCAGAAGGUGGUUCCCCUGGGGAGCAAAUGGGUUGAUUGCCUCCAAACCCUGCUUGCAGCGCUCAGUGGGGAGGGAGCCUGCAGGUAGGAGGCCAGCCCGCUGCCCCACCCCCCAGUGUUUCUAGCUCUGCACUUUGAACUGGAAAGGCUAACCUCAAAGAUAUUUUUUUUAAACUGCAUUCUAUAAUAAAUCAACACAAUAUGCUCUUCUGGA